AUGAGCCGACUGUUCUGUAAAUCGCUCCUCCUAACUCCCUUUCUCGCUUCCGCUCCGAUAAGAUUCUCAUUCAAGUCCAUUUCGUCACCGUCUUCCACUUCCAGGGUUCAUCGUAUGGCCACCGAGGCUUCGUCAUCACCGUCAUCCAAUGCAGACCGCGAAGCAACCUCUUCUUCUUCGUCUGCCCCCGCUUCCUCUGCCAUUGAUUUUCUCUCGCUGUGUCACCGCCUUAAGACUACGAAACGAGCUGGAUGGGUGAAGAGAGAUGUAAGGGAUCCAGAGUCUAUAGCUGACCAUAUGUACCGAAUGGGAUUAAUGGCUCUGAUUGCUUCUGAUAUCCCCGGUGUCGAUCGAGACAAGUGCAUAAAAAUCGCCCUUGUUCAUGAUAUUGCUGAAGCCAUUGUUGGGGACAUAACGCCCUCCGAUGGGGUUCCGAAGGCUGAGAAGAGUCGAAGAGAGCAAGAGGCAUUAGACCACAUGUGCAAAUUACUUGGUGGAGGGAAAAUAGCAGAAGAGAUAGGUGAAUUGUGGAUGGAGUAUGAGGGGAAUUCCUCGCCAGAAGCUAAAAUUGUUAAGGACCUAGACAAGGUCGAGAUGAUACUUCAAGCCUUGGAAUAUGAAAAGGAUCAAGGAAAGGAUUUAGAAGAGUUUUUUCAGUCAACUGCUGGGAAGUUUCAGACUGAUUUGGGCAAAGCAUGGGCUUCAGAGGUAGCAUCAAGAAGGAAAAAGCAAGGCUAA